AAUUUGUUAUAGAAAAAAAAAAAAAAAAAAAAAAAGAAGAAGAGAGUUGCAUGUAACGUAACAGUCCAUCCCAAUCGUCCACGAGCUAAUCAAAGUAAACACAAACUUUAAUCCAUUAAAGGUAAAACUUUUCUUGCUUGGCUCUGUCUUCUCGAAAAUCUGCAAUUCAAUGUAAACCACUGUCCAAUCCAGAAGCUCUCCUGCAAGAGGUUGAAAAAAGGGUUCAUUUAAAGCUCUCCGGUGACUGAAAGCGACACAGUGUUAGUAGCAGAAACCUGGUGGUGGAGGUUGGAGCAUUUCCACUUUUUAUUUUUUGGUCAUUAAUGCCUCUCUCGCUCUUAAAAGCUCGUGCCAAUCUUUGCAAAGAGCCAAAGAGUUUCUGAUAUGAUAAGUGUUAGGCUGUUAGCCUAAUCUAGUCCCAAAAUCAGGAAAUUAAAAUCGUAAAAGAUUUUGUUUUUCCUUGUAAUACACAGAGAGAAAGAGAGGGAGUGUGUGUUUGUGUGUACAGUCAAAUAGUUCAUAAUUAUUUAUAUUAAUUAUUCUUGUUGGUUAGUUCUUGUUUUUGGGUAUGGGUGAAAGUGAAGCAGAAAACUCAGAAGCACAACGACAUAGAAUGAAGAAACAAAGUUCGUGACUGGAGAUGAACAACUCCGAUAGCUUCAGGAAGGAGAAGAAGAAGAUGGGCCGCCAUAGGCCAUGAAAAGCAUCACCUCCAUAUUAUCAAACUCUAUAAUGCCAUGGAAGACGCUAGACGAGCUCUGCUCCGUCUCGUUCUAGUUCUGUUAUUAAUUCACUGUUCACUGGCUCAGCAAAGCUUCUUGAAUUCCCCCAGCGAACGGAUAGCUUUGCUUGAUCUCCGGUCAUCUUUAGGGCUGAGAGGCGCAGAUUGGCCUAUAAAAUCCGACCCCUGUAAUAACUGGAAAGGAGUUCAGUGCAAGAACGGCCGGGUCGCCGGGAUAAAUAUAUCUGGGUUUAAACGGACUCACGUUGGGCGUUCAAAUCCCAGUUUCAACGUCGAUUCACUAGUUAAUUUGACGUUUCUGGAAUAUUUCAAUGCUUCUGGGUUCUCACUUCCCGGUUCGAUACCGUCCUGGUUCGGUUAUGGGCUUGGUUCACUGCAAGUACUCGAUCUCCGGUCUAGUUCAGUGAGUGGUCCGGUUCCUGAGUCUCUCGGUAAUUUGAGCAGACUCGGUGCUUUACAUCUAUCUGAUAAUAACCUUGCUGGUAGUAUCCCCUCUGCUCUCGGCCAGCUGAUGCAAUUAUCAGUCCUUGACCUUUCAAGAAACUCCCUCACUGGACAAAUUCCUCCUAACUUUGCAUUGCUUAGUAAUUUGUCAAGGCUUGAUCUUUCUUCCAAUUACUUAACUGGGCCAAUUCCACCGGGAUUGGGCAACAUUGAUAGUCUGAAAUUCUUGAAUUUAUCAGACAAUAAUCUUGCAGCUUCAAUUCCUGUGGAACUGGGUAACCUUUCUCAAUUGGUUGAGCUUAAUCUUACCAAAAACUCACUUUCUGGGUCAUUGCCUGCAGAGUUAGCAGGGUUGAAGGAUUUGGUUCGAAUGGAAAUUGGGGAAAAUGGACUAGAGGGUGAGUUGCCAGAUUCUUUAUUUUCCAGUCUUGAAAAAUUGCAAGUUGUGAUGCUAAGUGGGAACAAAUUUGACGGUGCUCUUCCUGUGGCAUUGUUGUCAUUGCCAAGCAUACGUGUUCUUGAUGCGUCUUCUAACAACUUUACAGGUGUUCUACCUACUUUUAGUUCAAAUAUUAAUGCCAGUGGCGUCUUGUUCAAUCUUUCAAAUAAUAUGUUUUAUGGAACUCUGUCUUCUUCAUUUGGAAAUGUUAGUUUGAUUGAUCUUUCUGCUAAUUAUAUCCAAGGAAAGGUUCCUGAUGGUAGUCAAAGCAAUAUUAGCCUUGACAGGAAUUGUCUUCAGGCUGUGACGAAUCAGAGAAGUUUGAGUGAUUGUAAAUUAUUUUAUGCUGAGAGAGGCUUAAGUUUUGAUAAUUUUGGAACCCCAGAACUAUCAGAACCCCCAUUGCCUGGACAUGAAGCUGCACCUGCUCCUAAAAAGAGAAGAAAACGAUGGAUUUAUAUUCUGGUGGGAUUGCUUGGUGGACUUGGCUUCAUUGUCGUUUUGGUACUGAUUAUGAUAUUUGUGUUGCGGAAGUGUGACAAGACCAUUGCAAAUCAGAGAGGCAGCUCUAAUGUAGGGCCUGUUCCAGAAGGACAUAUCCCUUCAGUUCCCAAGGAUCCUGUUAUUUUAUCAAAUUUGAAAGAUUCCUUUACUUAUGAACAAUUACUUUGUGCAACUGGUGAAUUUGGUGAUGCAAAUUUCAUCAAGUCUGGUCACUCUGGAGAUCUCUUCCGGGGUUUUCUAGAUGGAGGAAGCCCUGUAGUUGUAAAGAAGGUGAAUUUUCUUUCUGGGAAGAUGAAGGAAUCAUAUAUGACAGAAUUAGAAUUUUUCAGCAAGUAUUCACAUACAAGAUUAGUCCCACUUCUGGGCCAUUGUUCAGAGAAUGACAAUGUCAAGUUUCUGGUUUAUAAAUAUAUGCCACAUGGAGACUUGGCUAGUUCCUUGUACAGUGUAUCCGAUUCUGAAGAUGACAGUGUACAGUCUCUAGAUUGGAUUACAAGAUUAAAAAUUGCUAUAGGAGCUGCUGAAGGUCUUUCAUAUCUGCAUCAUGAAUGCAACCCUCCCAUUGUUCAUAGAGACGUUCAAGCAAGCAGUAUCCUUCUUGAUGAUAAAUUUGAGGUACGACUCGGAAGCCUGGGUGAGGUCUGUAUCCAGGAAGGGGAUUCAUGCCACAAUGUUCUCACAAGGCUCCUGCGGAAACCACAAUCCUCUGAACCAGGCCCUUCUGGUUCAUCAUCAGUGACUUGUGCUUACGAUGUGUACUGUUUCGGAAAGGUCUUGCUAGAGCUCGUAACGGGGAAACUAGGCAUCAGUAGAUCAGAUGAUGAGACUACAAAGGAGUGGCUAGAACAAACCCUGGGAUAUAUCAGUAUAUAUGACAAAGAACUAGUGACAAAAAUUAUUGACCCGUCUCUGAUCAUAGAUGAAGAUUUGUUGGAAGAAGUAUGGGCCAUGGCAAUUGUGGCCAGAUCAUGCCUUAAUCCCAGGUCUUCAAAACGUCCACCAAUGAAAUAUAUACUCAAAGCAUUGGAGAAUCCUCUGAAAGUUUCAAGAGAGGAUAGUUACAGUUCAGGGAGGCUGAGAACAACUUCAUCUAGGAGAUCCUGGAAUGCUGCCAUUUUUGGCGGUCGUCGGCACAGCUCAUCAGAAAAUGCCGUUCCAGGCCAUACUAACCGUGAAGGUGUAAGUGGCUCAAAGCAGCCGGGAAGAAUAGGAUCUCACGGCAGUGGUGGAAUUGAACAUUCAUAUUCUAACAAAAGGCUAUCCAGUGAAAUUUUCCCGGAGCCGCUUGAAAUGCAAGAUGUGGAGCAGCAGUAUGGCCAUUAGCUGGCAUGGUUUCUUCAGAUGUUCAUUGAACACAACGUGGCCUUCACAGUUGAAUGUUAAAUAUCCAUAUAUGAUAGCCUCUGAUCGGAGACUAAAUCAAUUGAUUCAGAAGCUGGUUGGCUUGCUUAUUAAAGAUUCUUCUUUUUCUGCUUGAGCAGAUGCUGUGGAGGCAUGAUUGAUGGAUGUGGCUUCCUAGCAAAAAGGAAGAAGCUGUUUCUGUGAAUAUUCUCUUAGGGUUUGAAAAGCUUGUUAGUUUUCCAACAAGCUACAAAUUUUACCUGUGAUUGAUUGUUUCUUAUUUGCUCCAGAGUGUGGAAUGUAUAUUAUCAAAGAUGAGGUGAAUUUUCCUGUGGGUGGGUGAAAUUCCCGUGCCCACAAUUUAAAUCUAGCUACAACUUCCAACCUGCGUGAUUA